AUGCUCGCUCUCGCUGCUGUGGCAGAGGAGGCGGCGCCUGCCGAGCUCCAGAUCGACCGCACUUACGUUCCGGACAAUUGCAAGGUCACAGCACAGAAUGGCGACAGGCUGCAGGUGCAUUACACUGGAAAGCUGUGGACGAACGGUAACAAAUUCGACUCGAGCUUGGACCGCGGCCAGCCUCUGCCUGUUACUCUCGGUGCCCGCCAAGUCAUUACCGGCUGGGAAGAGGGUCUCCAGGGUAUGUGCCAGGGUGAGAAGCGUACCCUCACCAUUCCUUCCACCAAGGCCUAUGGUUCACGUGGAUUCGGCAAUGUCAUUCCUCCCAACUCGGCGCUCGUCUUUGACGUCGAGCUCGUUAAGCUCGACGCUCAGAGCCCUCGCGAGGAGCUCUAA